AUGAGCGCGAGGUACCCCGGCGACGCGGCGGCGGCCAACGGUUUCGGCCGCCGCUCGCUGCAUGAGUGGGAGGCCUACCUCCUCCACGAGGUCAACUACCCCGCGCCGCCCGACGUACGCGCUCCGUCGCGGUGGAGGCUCGGCGCCGGCGGGGUCCCUGUCCCCCCUCUGCCCGUCCCGGAGACUCCCGCCUACUUCCACGCCGAGAUCGAGCGUGCGCGGGCGCUCCCGGAGUACGCCACCGGCAACCACGCGGCGUGGGCGGCAUACUUCAGACGCUGGCAGGAGGAGCGGCUCGCCUCCACCAACAAUGCGGCGACGCCGCGCGGCCACAACAACAGCGAGGGCUGCCACCUGUGGUGGGGCAUCCCGGGCCGCACGCUCAGUGGCGUCCUCACGCACCUCGAGGGCGGCAAUGAUCCGCCGUUCAAGUACCCGACCGCUCGGAGCGGCGGCGCGUGGCUGCCGAGGAGGAUGAUGGGAUGCGUCAAGCCAGAGCCGUCCGAGACGCCGCUCAGUAGGCGCACCCGCGGCGCCGGCCUCGUCAUCAACGACGGCGGCCGUGGCUCCUCCUCCUCGGCCCCUCCUCGUCUGGUCAAGCUGAAGAGGGAGCCAGGGCUGGCGACGGUGAAGCCGGAGCCGGGGCUCGCCGCCGUGAAGCCGGAGCCUGCUCUCGCCAAGGAGGCCGACGAAGAAGAGGGCGCCUUGAAGUGGGCGCGCGAGGACUACGCGCGCAUGGAGCUGGACCGCCAGCGCCGCGCCCUGGAGGAGAUCGCCGAACGCCGCCGCCGUGAAGCAGCGCGCCGGGGCGAGGGGUCGAGCAGCGGCGCCGGCCGUGUCAAGGAGGAGAAGCAGGAGGACGACGCCGGCGACGACUCGCCCUUCUCAGCGCCUACUUCGGCCCUACAAAUUCAGCCACGUUACGAAAUUAACGCACUUUCUCAUUUUACCCUCGCGCCGUUCGUCGCUGUCCACUCACUCUUGCUCUCGUCGCCCUCUCUCCCCUUCGCCUCUCUUCUGCCACCACCUCGACCACCUCGCCGGCCACCACCUCACCCAGCUCGCCGGCCACCCACCACAUCGGCCAGGAGGCCACCAUCUCUCCCCGUCGCCGCCAUCUUUCUUCCGCCUCCACUCACACCCGUCGUCCACUCGCACCCCACCCCACAUCCGAGGUCAAGCUUUGAUGCGCCUACUCUGGAUCUGGCGACGGAGGCGGGAGAUGGGGAGGAGGCCGUCGCGGUGGUGUGCCUGGACCACGUCCUCAAGCACGCCGGUGGCGCCACGGAGGAGGCCGAGCGCAUCCGCCGCUGCCACAACGCCGACGGCGCCAUGGAGUACUGGCUCGAGCCGGACGAGCUCGCGGCCCUGCGCCGGGAGGUCGGCGCCGACCCGUACUGGGUGCCGCCAGGGUGGAAGCGCGGAGACCCCGUGUCCGCCGACGGCUACGCGCUCAAGGCAAAGAUGCAGGUGGAGGAGCUCAGCAAGGAGCUCGCCGGAGUAAAAAGGAGCAGAAAGGAGCAGCGAGCAGCAGCGGCGGCUGACCUCGAGCUCUCGGUUGGAGUGGAGGGAGACGGCCAGCGAGGGAUACGCGGCCAGCGGGGAAGGAUUCGGAGCUGCGGCGGAGCAGGCAACCGGUGGGGAAAGGCGGCCGCCGGUGAGGGAGCUCCGGACCGCGGCGAGGGAGCUUUCGAUCGCGGCGGGGAAGGGCGACCAGAGGGGAUCGAGCUCUCGAUUGGAGCGGCGCAGGCAACCGGCGGGGAAGGGCGCCGGAGAUGUGGACGACGGAGGAGCCUGGCGAAGGGGAGGAGCGACGGAGUCCUGGCGGAGGGAAGGAGCAACGGAGGAAGACGACGGCCCGUGCGAUUUCAAGUUGGUGGGUGGGGGAGGGGCAGUUUGGUAAUUUCACUCGUUUUCACCUGGUCGGAAAACCCCUCCAACGACAAUUAUUUCGGAACGAAGGGAGUAUAUUUGAGUGAGCAUGAACCUCAAUACAAAUAGAAAAGAAAGAACAUGAACAGUAAAAUCAUAUCUCCGCUCAAUUUUUUUAUUCCAAUGGAUAGCAAGUAAAUCUGCUUACUUA